CCCUUCAAAGCCAUCUUCCUUCAGGCACCUCAAUUCUUUGCCCCUCUGCCCCUUUCCCCCUCUCAACAUUGCUUAGGGGAAGGAAAACCACUCCAAAAGGUCUCCUUUCAGUUAGUUAUAACCGUCCUCUCAUAUAUUUCGCCUGUCAAAACAUCGACCCCAACACUCAUUAACCAUGGAAAUUGCAGCAGAAACCCAGAAGAAAGCUGGUUUUUUCGCUUAUGGGUGGGACUGCCUCAAGUCCUCCAAGACCAAGCUGGUACAAGUAGCCAAAAACGCCCAGAAACAAGGCCAAGACGACCCAAGAAAAAUUAUUCACUCCCUAAAAGUGGGACUGGCUCUCACCUUGAUAUCCAUGUUCUACUAUUUCAGACCCCUGUAUGACAGUUUUGGGGUCUCGGGUAUGUGGGCUGUCCUGACCGUGGUGGUGGUCUUCGAAUUCACUGUUGGCGCAACCCUCAGCAAAAGUUUAAAUAGAGGUUUUGCAACAAUGGUAGCCGGAGCCCUCGGGGUUGGAGCUCAAGAGUUGGCAAGUCUAUUUGGAGAGGAAGGAGAACCGAUUGUCCUUGGGAUCCUUGUCUUCCUACUAGCUACAGCGUCCACCUUCUCAAGAUUCUUCCCGAGAAUCAAGGCAAGAUACGAUUACGGGGUCCUAAUAUUUAUACUGACAUUCAGCUUGGUAGCUGUUUCGGGGUAUCGAGUUAAUGACAUAGUAGAGCUGGCCCACCAAAGGCUGUCGACAAUCCUUGUGGGAGGAGCAACCUGCAUAAUCAUAGCCAUUUUUGUCUGUCCAGUGUGGGCUGGCGAAGAUCUUCAUAACAUGACUGUCCGCAAUAUAGAAAAGCUUGCAAACUUCCUUGAAGGAUUUGGAGGUGAAUAUUUUAAGGAACCUUUUGAUGGUGAGAGCGCUGUGGACUCGAAGGAUGACAAGUCAUUUCUUCAAGGAUAUAAAAGUGCUCUCAAUUCAAAAAGCAGUGAAGAAUCCUUGGCAAACUUUGCAUCAUGGGAACCCUGCCAUGGCCGUUUCAGGUUCCGUCAUCCAUGGAAACAGUACCUCAUGAUUGGAGCUUUUACUCGCCAAUGUGCAUACCACAUUGAAGCUAUCAGCAGCUACAUAAACUCCGAGAUUCAAGUAUCAGCUGAAUUCCGAAUGAAAAUUCAAGAACCAUGCACAAAGAUAAGUUCAGAAUCGGGCAAAGCUCUGAAAGCCUUAGCCUCAGCAAUCAAAACAAUGACAGACCCCUCCUCAGCUGAUCCACAUGUGGCGAGUGCUAAAGCUGCUGUCAAGGACCUUGAGAUUGCACUGAAUGCUGCCUCGUUAGAUGAGACAGACCUCUUAGAAAUCAUACCAGAUGCCACGGUUGCUUCAACACUAAUUGAGAUUGUUAAAUGUAUGGAAAAAGUUUCUGAAACAGUCCAUGAGCUUUCUGGCCUAGCACAUUUUAAGGGUGUUGAACCUAACGUAACACCAGAGAAGCCACAAUUACUUCAUCGGGGCACCAUUAAACCUAUUCCUGACAGUGAUGCCACCGAUGUCGUUAUCACAAUUGAUGAAGCAUCCUCAGUUUCACCAGAAAAUGACAAGGGACCAUCUAAGGGUAAACAAGAUGAAAGUCAUGUAAAUAUGUGUUGAUUAUUAACAUGUAGUGAUCAUGGCAUAACACUCAACCUACUUUUCAUGGUGGGGUGAAAUGAGUUCUGGUCUCAUAAAUCGUAGGGAAGAUUUCUGUUGUAACAUUCUCUGUUAUGCGUAUUACAAUUAAAAAAAAAAAAAAAAAGUGA